CCGCCCCGGGCAGCUGAGGAGGCUGCGCCCGGCCGGGCACUCUGAGGUCCAUGCUUGGGGACCGGCCCGAGAAGGCUGGAACCAUGAGCACAGAGGGCCCCGGGCCCCUUGCCCUCCUCACAGGCCCCACGGCGCCCGGGAGCCCCGCCAGGGUGGUGGACCCGGUCCCUGUGCUCGUCGCGCUGGCCUGCAUCUUCCUCCUGCUGGCCUCCUGCCUGCUGUUCCUGGCGUUCUGCAAGCCAGCGGCCCUGGACCCCAGCCGCCACCGGGCCCGCGAGAGCAUGCCCCACCACCCCGGCAGCCCCAGCGAGCCCCAGCUCCGGCUCUGGAAGCGCCUGAGCUCCCUCCGCCGCUCCCUGCACGGCCUCCGCAGGGCCCGGCCUGGCCCGCCAGGCCCACCGCCCGGCUUCCAGCACGAGCCAGACCUCGAGCGCUCAGAGUUCACGAUGCUGUGACGUGGCCACCCUGCGCCCCCAGAGGCUGAGGCGAGGGCAGCGACCCCCACGUCCCGGCCACACACUCACCCCCAGGAGGACAGCCGCUCGUGCAGGCUCUCAAGCUGCUGCAAGACCAGGACCACAGGACCAGUGCUGCAAGACUGCAGCAUCCGUGGCCCAGGCUCCAGGGGGCACAAUCCAAGACCCCCCCCACUGCCCGAAGCCAGGCGCCCCGCCCCCCAAGUCCGGGUCUGAUUCUAGGCCAUGCCACUGAACAGGGUAAAGUUUCCCCCCAGCCCAUGUAAUGUUCAGCCCAUGGCCCGCUUACACCGGGUCCUGCUGCCUCUGACCCGGAAGGAAAAAGGGAAGCCAUGGUCUUCUCCCCCAUUCCCUGUGCCUUACCAGCUCCCUCUGGUGACAAGGUGCCUGCAGGGAACACAGUCCUCAGCACUGUGGCCAUACCUGGACCCCUACAGGCUGGUGCCUCACGAUGGGACUGAGGGUGAGGAAGGGGCUGGUUCUGUGUCUGGAGCAGCGGGGGCUGCAGGCAACAGGAGAUGCUGCCUCGGGUGGGGGUCCCGGACCUCACCCAGCAGGCGGGACGGUCUCCCCUCUCCAAGAAAGCCCUGGGACCUUAGGCCUGCCCCCGAGCCCGCACUGUGCAUGCCCUCCGCCCUCUACAGCCUUGCCUUGGGAGAUGUCAAAACACCUGCACCCCAGGACGAGACUCAGACUCCCAAACCGCUUGGGCCAGCCGGGGAAGAAGGGUUCCGCUGGGUCCCCCAAAUCAGAGAGUGAACCAAGUUCCCAUGCUCCUGUGCCAGAGAGGCAGAGGGCCAGCCCUGUCCCCUGGUGCGCUCCCCUCUGCUGCAGCCCUCAGACCCUCGAGGGGCCUCCGGGGGUACCUCCCCUGCAGCACUCAGGGGAGAGCAGAGCACUGCAGCCCAGGAGUCGGGGCCUUGGGAAUGGGCCCCCAGCCACCUAUUUCCUUCUGACCUGGACCCCGGCAAACCCCAGUGUCUUCCUCCUCUGCUGGUGUGUGUGUGACCAGGUACGCCCCCCACCCUCCAGCUGAAGGCCGAGUCCUGCCUGCACCCCUGGAGGACAGGUCAUCGCUGCCUGGGAGUUCUGCGAGACGGAGCCGACCACGGGCACAGGACAGGAGGCCACUAUCUGCUGAGUGAGGGUGGCCCAGCCCGACUCCACAGCUGGGGAGCCCCAGGGAGCUGGACAGGCCUGCCACAGGUGUCCCUCCAGGCUCGAGUGACCACCAGGAUCAAGUCCAGCCGGCCACAGACUCA